AUGCUUUACAUAAAUAAUAGUAUUCAGGGCAACGCUGGACGCAACUGCGAAUUGCGGAUUAUUUUACAUAUUUCAAAUAUUUUCUCCAAUUUUACAGUACCAUUCCUUCUCUCCAAAUCAACAAAAAUCAUCUAUUCAUUAAUUCCAUUGCAUCAACCUGAUCAUCUUAGCCAACUUUUCCUUAAUUGGGUAUUUUCUUCACCUUCAGAACUUUUACAUCCUCCCAUUCAACAAAUUUCUGGAUAUUUUGGUUCAGAAAUUAGUUUAUAUUUUGCUUGGUUGGCACAUUAUACGAAAUGUUUGAUUGCUCCGGCAUUGAUAGGAACCCUAAUUUAUCUACAAACAUCCUCAACAACAACUAAAAAUUUUGGAUUUUUAGCCUUCAUAAUAUUCGCAAUUUUUAAUUGUUUAUGGGCUAUUGGAUUCCUCUACAGUUGGAAAAUUCAAAAACAGCACUUAAUUCAAAAUAAAGAGCCUUUAGACCAUCAAAAUAAUUUCAAAUUUCGACAAAAUUUAUUAAAAAAUAUUUGCCGUCCUAUGGAGAUUUUUUCUUUAAUUUCUUUAUUAAUAACACUAAUAAUUUUAUUGAGACUACAAGAUUGGUCUAGAGAAAAUUUUGGAAGUUCUAAUUGGAAAAGUUUAGCCCCAGUUGUUUUACAAGCUUUAAUUUGUAUGGGUGCCGAAUAUAUUUAUAGACGUUGUGCUGAAAUUGAAUGGAUUAGAGGGAAGAGGAAAAAUGAUUUUUUGUUGGUCGCGAGAUUGGCUUUGUUUCAAUCUAUUAGUUCUUUUUGUCCUUUAUUUUAUAUUGCGUUUUGGCUUGGCGAUUGGAAACGAUUACAACAAAGUUUAGCUACUUUACUCGUUACACGCCAAUUUGUUCAAAAUUUUACUGAAAUUGGAAUUCCUCUAAUUUAUGGCGAAUUACGAUUAAUGCAAUAUGCCUUUAUUCGGAAUUUGGAGGCAAAGCGUAAAGUUAGUCAUUGGAGGGCACAUCAAGCAGCUAAUAAUUUUGACGAAGAAAAUCCUAGUGAAGAGGAACGUCAAGCAGCAUUAUCAGAAUAUGGACGGCCUUUGGAUGAUUAUUUGGAGAUGUUUAUUCAAUUAGGUUAAAUCACUAUAAGAUACACGGUUAAGAAUCUUUUCCUAUAAUGAGGUGUUUAUUAAAUUGAGGGUAACUCUUAAACAGCUUUCCCAUCAUUCAAUGCCAUUCGAUUUAAGAAAAGCAUCUUAAAUAUACAUGUAUUUGUGGUAGCUUAUAGUAAGGUCCCCAACUUUAUAAAACUAUUAAUUCUUGGAGCUACUGAAAGUUGCAGAUUGGGAUAUGCAAAAAUAAAGCAGAU